AUGGUCAGAUGUUUCUCGGAUUUGGUCGCAUCCGGCACUAUGUGCCUUCUCAAACAAUGGCUGCCCUGUGCUGCACACCGUCUGCACUUGACGGUGUGUAAUGGUUUGGCCCUAUAUAAAACGAGGCACACUAAGAAGGCUGGCAUCUAUGGACAUAAAACGGUAGAGGACGGUCUAGCACAAGCGGAAGAAGUUCUGAAGGAAAUGGAUGCAAAGGAGUCCAUCGAGGGCGACAAUUCCACUAAUGUCAACACUGAUGCGCUUCUGAUGGAGGCAGAGGAGGACAUUGAACAGGGCGAGCCUGAUUGGGGGCUUGAAGGAGAUGAUGAAGCAUUCCGUGAUGGCAUCGAGACUGCUGGGCGGGGGCGAAAAGCAACACUUAAAUGCUUAGAGGCUCUCAAUUUGGAUACAUGUGAAGAUACGGAGAAGAAGACUAGUGGGAUGGACUUGCAGCAGAAGCCAGUGGACUCGUUCGACAGUCUCAUCAAUGACUUUUUCGACCAGCCGGCAAAUCACCAGCACCAGCAAAUGAGUGCCGAGGAGCGUUACGAGGAUGAGAUGAUGACUAUCUUCUGUGAAUACGAGAUGAGAGCUCGCAGUUUCGCUGUCCCCUCGGACAGUAGCUCCCCGCCUAAGAAGAAGACCAAGCCCGCUGAGAGGGAUGCCAAAUCAUCCCGCUACGAGCGUUUCUGGAUACGCUGUGAUGACUUGUCGGCGACAAGCUGUCGCCUGUCAGCACUGUCGCUAAGCUUUUAG